GAGGGAACAGCUUCAUUGGGUAAGUUCUAGAAUCGACGCGGUUGGCUUUAGAAGGAACAUGAAAUGCUAUCGGUCCUGCCGACGCGAGACAGGAAGGUGGCGCGCCCCCGCUUAACUGCAGGAGUGUUGCUGUUCAAGGCGAACGAUUCAACGCUAGAGUGUAGCAAAAUUCGAGAUGGAGAACAAAGGAGUGCCGGAAUGGCUAAACAGCUCUCUCUGGUCUUCCAAACCCUAUGCCGAUCACUCCCCUAUCUACGCUCCCGAACCGCCAAAACCAGAAUCCCCGCCACGACAGCCAUCACCACCGCCGCCGCAGCCGCCGCCGUCACCACCGAAGCUUGAGUCUUCGGCAUCUCUUCCGGGUGAUGCCGGUUUACCGAAGCUCUCACCGGAGGAAAUUUCACGUCAGUCACAGAUUAUAGCCGAGCUUUCAAAGAAGGUUAUAAAUAUUGGUGAGUUGCGUAGAUUAGUUUGUCAGGGUAUUCCGGAUGGCGCCAUAAUACGCCCCAUGAUAUGGAAGAUUCUCUUACAAUAUUUACCAAAUGAUCGCUCAUUUUGGCCACAUGAAUUGGACAAGAAGAGGUCUCAAUACAAGUCUUUUAAAGACGAGCUUCUGCAAAAUCCUUCAGAUAUCACACGUAGGAUGGAUGAAUCAGCACAUGUUAAACAUGAGGAAUUGAAUGUUGAAUCCAGGGCCCUGCUUCAAAGGUCAGAGAUAACUCACGGAGAACAUCCUCUUAGCCUUGGAUCAACUAGUGUGUGGAACCAAUUUUUCCAGGAGGCUGAAAUUAUAGAACAGAUUGAGCGUGAUGUAAAGCGUACACAUCCAGACAUGCAAUUUUUUUCAGGAGAUUCUUAUUUUGCAAAAACUAAUCAGGAAUCUUUGAAGCGUAUUCUCAUCGUGUUUGCAAAAUUAAAUCCGGGUAUUAGAUAUGUGCAAGGGAUGAAUGAAGUUUUAGCUCCGUUAUUCUAUGUUUUCAGGAAUGAUCCUGAAGAGAAUAAUGUUGCCCAUGUAGAAGCUGACACCUUCUUUUGUUUUGUGGAGCUUUUGAGUGGAUUUAGAGAUAAUUUUUGCAAGCAACUUGAUAACAGUGUUGUUGGUAUUCGGUCUACUAUUGCAAAGUUAUCGCAGCUUUUAAAGAAACAUGAUGAAGAGCUUUGGCGUCAUCUUGAGGUUACCACAAAAGUUAAUCCUCACUUCUAUGCCUUUAGAUGGAUAACACUAUUGCUGAGUCAAGAGUUCGAAUUCUCAGAUUGCCUCAGCAUAUGGGACACCAUAUUAAGUGAUCCAGAAGGUCCCCAGGAAACCCUAUUGAGGAUAUGCUGUGCCAUGUUAAUACUCGUGCGGCGGCGUCUUUUAGCAGGUGAUUUCACUGCCAAUCUAAAGCUGCUGCAACAUUACCCAGCAACUAAUAUUGGGCAUCUCCUCUAUGUUGCUAAUAAGCUGCGGGGUCCUGUGCCAGACUAAUUGCUUUACAUGCCGUUCUGUUUGAUGAGCUUCUAACUUUUAUUUGAAUUUGUGUUAUGUAAAUGGUUGGCUAUAUAAAUUUUAAAUCACUGUUACCAAGAGGUUUGGUCUCUGGGUGACUGAUGAAAUCAGAGUUAUAGCA